UCCAUGCGCUACGCAGCAAAAUAGGAGUUCUCUAGGAGGAAAUGUCUGCGGGCCAGCUGCCGCUUAUCUAAACAGAUUUUACGCAUUGCUAUUUCUUUCUCCGCGAAGGAGUUCCCCCUGUAAUGACGCAACUCUUGACAUAAUGCCACUUAAGGAUUGUGUCACUCCGGGCGAAUCCUGACGUUUUGGUUGAUUCACCAUCCAGUACAUAUCUUCAAUAACUCAAGGAUGAAAUUCAAGUUUUACUGAUUAGGAAGUUCGAGAGAGAUGGGGAAGGAUCACCAAACAAGCACUGUCUGGAUACAUUUCCCAAACACCUGGGACCAAGCGUACCGAUUUUUAACAACAUCAAUCUUCACGGUUAUAUUGUUACCUUGCGUAUUCAGUUUACGAACGCGAAUGGUUCCACCCGGUCACGAAAUAAUACUAGCAAGGGAUGCAGUCAAAGAAAGCCUCAAAGUUCUCACCAUUGACGGGAAGGAGUGCAAAUUUCCGUUCCGGCUUGGAGGGACCGUUUACCAUCAGUGCGUCUCCCUCAGCUCAACGAGGCCUUGGUGCUCCCUCACACACAACUUUGACCGAGAUGGCCAGUGGGGAUACUGCAUUACUGAGAAUGACCACCCCAACGAGAUCAGGCCUGUGUCCAGACGAGAGCCAGACCCCUGUGCUGGCCAGCCAUGCUGGAACGGUGGCCUGUGCACGCGCGUCAUGCACAAGCGCACGUUUGAUUGCACCUGUCCGGAGGGAUUCUCGGGCAGACGAUGUGAAGAGAGGAAGUGCUUCGAGGAGACACACCUGCGUUACUAUGACUCGGGAGAUUCCUGGGGUCGUAUCGCCAACCGUUUGGUGGAGCAGUGCUCAUGUCUGGACGGCAAGACACUUUGUGAGAGUACACGAUACACAGGCUGUUCCUGGAACCCGUGUGAGAAUGAGGGGACGUGUCGAAUGAUCGAGGACACAGGGGAAGAGGUGUGUGCCUGCCGGUCAGGAUACAGUGGACCCUUCUGCAGCAUUGUCCCUGACUCACGGUGUUACCAGGGCAACGGGGCGGACUACAGGGGCAUAGUCAACACCACAAAGUCUGGGACACACUGCCUGCCCUGGAACUCCGACCUGCUGUUCGACGAGCUCAGCCUGGACAGGGCAAAAGACAAGGACCUCAAGGGACUGGGCGAACAUGCCUUUUGCAGGAAUCCUGAUAAGGAUGGCAUGCCGUGGUGUUACACGAUGCAAGACGGAGCUGUGUCCUGGGAAUACUGUGACAUUCCAGCCUGCUUCAGAGUCCCCGCAUCCAGGCGAGUCGUCCCUAUGCCCCCCCGUGAGAGACCAGCUCCCAGCCCCACCAAUCUGCUUCGCCCCAUCCGACCCAACAAGUGUGGCACACGGCACAAGAAGCGAAUCCCACGGGGCCGGAUCCUGGGGGGGACCUCGGCACUGCCAGGCUCGCAUCCCUGGAUGGCCGGCAUCUACAUAGGGGAGGAGUUCUGUGGGGGCACUUUGAUACACGCCUGCUGGGUGGUGUCAGCCGCCCACUGCUUCUCCCGCAAUCCUAGAAAGUCCAAAAUUAAAGUGGUCCUUGGGCAGCACUUUUUCAAUGAUACAGGCCCCAAUGCUAGGAGCUUCGGUGUAGAAAACUAUUUCUUUCCACCUACAUACAACCAGUUUGAGCCCACCCGUCAUGAUAUUGUGUUGUUGAAGUUAGAGAAGAAAGAUGGCCGCUGUGCCCGGAGAAGUCCGUUCAUCCGGCCCAUCUGUUUGCCAGAGAAGAACACCACCUUCCCCGACUUCUACUGCUGCCAAAUCACCGGCUGGGGACACACUGCGGAGAAGGGAACCACAUACUCCCACCUGAGGGAAGGUGUGGUUGGGAUUUACCCUUUUGACUGGUGCUCCCGGCCGGAAGUCUACGGCCCAGAGAUUCGUCCAGGAAUGUUGUGUGCGGGGAGUAACCGCUGUGUGGACGCUUGCCAGGGAGACUCGGGUGGUCCGUUGGCCUGCACGCGCGAUGGAGUCAGCAUCCUGUACGGAGUGAUCAGCUGGGGGGACGGCUGUGGACGGAAGAACAAGCCUGGCGUCUACACCAAAGUCGCCGACUACGUCAACUGGAUCACUAAACAAGUCCGCUCGGGGUCCUAGCACAGCACAGUAGGCCAUGGACCUCUCUAGAAGAACAAGCACACACACUACGUUCAACCAGUGCUGGUCAAGGAGACACAGCUAUGCAGGAGUACAUCUCAUCAAGCACAUUCUGUGCUGCUGUUGGGGAGUAGACAUGUAUUUUGGCCGAACUCUGAACUUGUGACUUACGUUAAGGUCUUGAGUUGAAGUGCUUGAGGAAGAUAUGGAUCUUUAAAGGACACGCACACAUAUGGGAUAAAUCUGUUUGGCUGUUUGACUUGGAGCACAGUACAGAGAGGAACUAAGGACUAUUUUUUUAUUUUCAUAUUUUAUGUCUUGAAGGGAACAGAGGGAGUUUUUACAACCCAACUGUGAAUAUGAUGUAUGUUAUUUUCAUGUUUAUUAUACAAUAAAUAUUGCCCAAAAUGGAAAACACUA